AUGAAUCUCCAUCUACAUCUAAAAUCCAAUCCCCCUCCUGCUAUCGGCUAUGAACACCUACUGGGACAAUGCCCGUUUUCCCCUCCUGCUAUCGGCUAUGAACACCUACUGGGACAAUGUCCGUUUUCCCCUCCUGCUAUCGGCUAUGAACACCUACUGGGACAAUGUCCGUUUUCCCCUCCUGCUAUCGACUAUGAACACCUACUGGGACAAUGUCAGUUUUCCCCUCCUGCUAUCGGCUAUGAACACCUACUGGGACAAUGUCCGUUUUCCCUUCCUGCUAUCGGCUAUGAACUCCUACUGGGACAAUGUCCGUUUUCCCUUCCUGCUAUCGGCUAUGAACACCUACUGGGACAAUGUCCGUUUUCCCUUCCUGCUAUCGGCUAUGAACACCUACUGGGACAAUGUCCGUUUUCCCCUCCUGCUAUCGGCUAUGAACACCUACUGGGACAAUGUCCGUUUUCCCUUCCUGCUAUCGGCUAUGAACACCUACUGGGACAAUGUCCGUUUUCCCCUCCUGCUAUCGGCUAUGAACACCUACUGGGACAAUGUCCGUUUUCCCCUCCUGCUAUCGGCUAUGAACACCUACUGGGACAAUGUCCGUUUUCCCUUCCUGCUAUCGGCUAUGAACACCUACUGGGACAAUGUCCGUUUUCCCCUCCUGCUAUCGGCUAUGAACACCUACUGGGACAAUGUCCGUUUUCCCCUCCUGCUAUCGGCUAUGAACACCUACUGGGACAAUGUCCGUUUUCCCUUCCUGCUAUCGGCUAUGAACACCUACUGGGACAAUGUCCGUUUUCCCCUCCUGCUAUCGGCUAUGACCACCUACUGGGACAAUGUCCGUUUUCCCCUCCUGCUAUCGGCUAUGAACACCUACUGGGACAAUGUCCGUUUUCCCCUCCUGCUAUCGGCUAUGAACACCUACUGGGACAAUGUCCGUUUUCCCUUCCUGCUAUCGGCUAUGAACACCUACUGGGACAAUGUCCGUUUUCCCCUCCUGCUAUCGGCUAUGAACACCUACUGGGACAAUGUCCGUUUUCCCCUCCUGCUAUCGGCUAUGAACACCUACUGGGACAAUGUCCGUUUUCCCUUCCUGCUAUCGGCUAUGAACACCUACUGGGACAAUGUCCGUUUUCCCCUCCUGCUAUCGGCUAUGACCACCUACUGGGACAAUGUCCGUUUUCCCCUCCUGCUAUCGGCUAUGAACACCUACUGGGACAAUGUCCGUUUCCCCCUCCUGCUAUCGGCUAUGAACACCUACUGGGACAAUGUCCGUUUUCCCCUCCUGCUAUCGGCUAUGAACACCUACUGGGACAAUGUCCGUUUUCCCCUCCUGCUAUCGGCUAUGAACACCUACUGGGACAAUGUCCAGAGUUUUAA